UGUAAACACUGAGCUAUAUGACGGCAGCUAACACCCAUGGCUAACACUAGCAUAAACCAAGCGAAGUGAAGAGGACACGGGAACGCUCACAUGCUUUCAGCGGCAUUAUUUUAAAUGAAUUCACGUGUUUACUUUAAGAUUUAAUCAAACCGCUUUUAUUUCGAACAGGCUAACUAGCUUAGCUCCAGUUCAGUGUAAAGGUAUGAACUCUCUGGUUGGUUACGGAGUGUCCUCGGAAUCUGACAGCGAUGGAGAUGUAAACACCGGCGGGCAUGGCUUCGUCAAGCAGGCGGCUGAUGAGGCGACACCUGUCGUAAAGACCCGUAACUUCUUGCUGGAGUCAGGUUCAGCCUCCAGUGACUCAGGCAGCGAGUCACAACCAGAGGAUCCUGAGCCUUCCUCAUCCCCAUCACACCCCCCCACAGCAGCCUAUCAGCCCACCCUCCCUGCUCCUUCCCUGGGUUCACACACCCCGAACAAACUGCCUCCUCCUGCUCUAAACGCCUGCUCUGACAGCAGCGUGUUCGCCAACCCCUUCAAGGCCCAGGCAGAUCAGAAGCUCAGCGCCUUGCAGAAACAUGUCCCCCUGACAAUGGAGGCCAAACCCUCCCAGAUAGGAGGGAAAAGAAUGUGCGUGUCUUACAGGAGAGAUGGGAGGUGCAGGUUUGGGAUCAAAUGCAAGUUUGCUCAUGACAGUGACCUCCAGACCUCUGUCACUGCAGCUGACAGUCAUCUUCCUCAUCAUACACCUGAGAGUGAUGAAGCACCAGCAUCAGAACAAGUUGAGCCCCAUGCAGGUGGCUCUGGUGGUGUCGGGACACAGAAGCUCCCAGAGGAGGAUGAGUCAGGAGGGCAGCAGGUGAAGAAGAGGAGGGUUGGACUGAGUAACACCUUGAUUCCUCCUAAACGGGCUAUGAAGCAGUAUGCCAUGCACAGGGACCGAGAGCGGAUCAAUAUGUCCUGAAGAGAGCCAAGCAGGGCCGGAUGGGCAGGGAGAAGGGAAUUUUCCUGAGCUGUACCA